AUGCAGUUGCUGCUGCUGGCGCUGCUGCUGGCCGCGGGGCCGCCGCCGCCGUCGGCCGCGCUGGAGCCCGUGAGCGUGGGCCUGGCCAUCGGGGCGGCCUCGGCGCUCACCGGCUACCUCUCCUACCCCGGCUUCUACUGCGGCUUCGUGGAGUGCUGCCCCGGCGAGCGGGACCGGCCCAACGGCACCGCCCUCAGGCUCAGUCUGGACGCCAAGCUCUUUGGGCAGCACCUGGCCAAAGAAGUGAUCCUGAAAGCCCUGACCGGGUUCGUCAACAACCCCAAUCCCAAGAAGCCCCUGACCCUCUCUCUGCACGGCUGGGCGGGCACCGGCAAGAACUUCGUCAGCCAGAUCAUCGCGGAGAACGUUCACAAAGCGGGCCUGAAGAGUAAAUUUGUGCACCUUUUCCUCUCCACUCUUCAUUUCCCGCAUGAUCAUGACAUUAAGCUGUACAAGGACCAAUUGCAGAAGUGGAUCCGGGGUAACGUGACCGCUUGUGCAAAGUCUGUAUUCAUCUUUGACGAAAUGGAUAAGCUUCACCCGGGGCUGAUUGAUGCCAUCAAGCCGUUCCUUGACUACUACGAGCAGAUUGACGGCGUAUCCUAUCAAAGAGCCAUCUUUAUUUUCCUCAGCAACGCGGGGGGUGACCUCAUCACCAGAGUGGCCUUGGACUUCUGGAGGAGUGGACGGGCCAGGGAAGAGAUCCAGCUGAAAGACCUGGAACCGGUGUUAUCUGUCGGCGUUUUCAACAAUAAGAACAGUGGCCUGUGGCACAGCAGUCUGAUAGACCGAAACCUCAUAGACUAUUUCAUCCCCUUCCUUCCUCUGGAGUACAAACAUGUGAAAAUGUGCAUCCGGUCAGAGAUCCAGUCCCGUGGCAUCCGGAUAGACGAGACCAUUGUCCAGAAGGUAGCGGACGAGAUGACCUUCUUCCCAAAAGAGGAGCGGAUCUUCUCUGUCAAAGGCUGCAAGACAGUCCAGACCAAGUUGGACUUCUACUGAGAUUUUU